UUAGCAGUUCACGAAAAUAAGAUGGGAACAAUACAUCUCACCUACGCAGGUUCUUCCUCGAUAUAGCCAAUGUGAUCACGUUAAGAAUUCUUACAGUAGAAGAGGUGUACCAUGACGGGGACCAGUUUGCUGCCCCCGUGCGGGUGGUGGCAAUCCCUGAUGUGGGCUACAUGAGCAUCGAAAUCCUUUCGCCAUCAAGGAAGUCUGUGGACAAGGUGCAGUACCUUACGCCACUCAGCAAGGCUGAGACGGGUAUGGUGAAGCAGGACGCAGAUGUCAGGGUGGCAGAGGCCAACAGGGACGACAAGAUCAGGAAGCACCGCCUACAAACUGCAAGUACAGAAAAUUUGGAACGGGGUGAUCCAAAUUGAGGUGGUCGAGCGGAAGAAGCAAAUAGAAAUAGAAGAACAGAAGGUCAAGAGGAACGAAGGGGAACUGGAAAACUUUGAUAGACAUUUAAAGUAGUGGUCUUAAUAAAUUAUUUUAAAGCCACACUUAAUAAUUUUUCACGACCGCCAUCUACCGGUCAGAAGCUAUAAUAAACCACUUCGUACUUCUUAAAAUGAUAGCACUCUAACAUGAUUAAUGGAUUAUAUUAACUUCGUGGCAAAUUCAAUUUAUAGGACACAAACACAAAAU